CAACUCUCAUGGCGCUGGAGCCCGAACUCGUGAGCGCUGCGCUCAGCCUGCGCUAAAAGCGAGAGGCUGCAUCGGCUGAUAAAGCAGCGUGCAGGCAAGGCGUACGGCUGCAAGGCGUCUGCCCGGGCUCUGCAGCCUCCCCUGAGCGGCGCGAAGGCGGCAGCCGCACAUCUGUCUGCCUCAGCUAUGGAAGAAACAGUUAUAAGACACUGGGUGGAAACUCCUGCGCGCUAUCAAGACGAGUUUGCGGUCCGAGAGCCAGAAGCGUUCAAAUUGGAUCACUUUCUGUACGCUUUGCCGGGCCCUGCUACAGCCGCGCUCGGCGGCAGAAGGCGUCCCGCGGAAAGCACAGCUGGGGCCGAGCGCAGCGGCCGGGAGGAGGAAAACACUCGCUUCCAGGUCUUACUGGAUGUUGUGCAAUUCCGCCCUGAAGACAUCAUUAUUCAGACUUUCGAAGGCUGGCUGCUGAUCAAAGCUCAACACGGGCCCAGGAUGGACGAACACGGUUUCGUGUCCAGGAGCUUUACCAGACAAUACAAACUGCCUAACGGAGUGGAGAACAAGGAUUUGUCUGCGCUUUUCUGCCACGAUGGCAUUUUGGUUGUUGAAAUGAAGAACUCGGUGGGAACGAAUUAAAUUCUAGUCAAUAGUUUACUGGCUCUGAAAAAGCAUGCAAACUGAAGGAUACUAUCAAGAAGAAAAACUAUUUCCACAGCUCAAGUUUGUAUACAGAGCACCCUUUAAGAGAUUUCUUUUAAAAAGUGUGUUGUAUGUUUGAAACUAUAAAAUAACAGAAUAACCACUGACUAAAUUUGUUUGAAAACACAGUAAGUAGAUAUAAGUAAGAAAGUAAGUAUAUUUUCUGUCAAAGACAUUGAUUUGAAAGAAAAUUUUCAAAGGCAUAUAGAAAAUUGUUUUUGUUUAACAUAUUCUGCUAUCAGCAACUGAAGAAAAAAAUGUAUUGCAUGAAUAAACACUCAAAAGGACCGUGUUUUUCCUUAUGAAGCUCUGCUAAUCAAAAAGUACUAACAUAGCAUGGAUGCCUUCAUUAUUAUACAUUCUAGGUAGUUUGCUGGUCAAUCAGAUGAAUAUUUUACUCCUUACAUUGCCUGACAGUUUAGGCCAAGAUCCUGCAACCGUGUCUUCAAGAGCAAAUGCUUCUGCCUAUGCGGAGCCCCACUCUCCCCGUAUCAGCGUGGGCUCAACACAGAUCUAAUCAUAAGCGUGGGGGCUCC